CGUGACUUACUGGGUUCAAUACUACCUCAAUAAAAGGAAAUUAUUUUCCGUAUGAUAAUAGUGGAGAGAUCCGUGUAUAUUAUGGAAUGCAUGUCUGGAUAUAUGUUCAUAUUCUCAAGUCAAAUCAAAGCUGGUUUUUUAAAGUGGAGUCCCAUGAAGUCUAUACUCCAUAGGUUUUCCUCCAGCCUUCCCUUUUUCUUUACGAUUAGAUACUCCUACUGUUGGUAGAAAAGUCAAGAUAUUUUUUUCCUCCUCACUCUACUUGGAGUACUACAAUUGCCAAUUUUGUCACAUAUCCUUGUUGAAAGUAGUGAACACGAGCAGAUUUUGCUUUCAGCUUGCGCAAAUUCGAAAAAUGAAUAGCCAACCUGAGAACCCCAACCCUGUUGUCUUUUUCGACAUCACUCUAGGUGGAGAGUCUCUGGGCCGUAUUAAGAUGGAACUCUUUGCCAGUAUCACCCCACGAACAGCAGAAAACUUUCGCCAAUUUUGUACUGGGGAAAGCAAAAGCCCCCAAGGACGACCUCAAGGAUACAAGAAUAGCAAAUUCCAUCGAAUAAUCAAGGAUUUUAUGAUACAAGGUGGUGACUUUGUCAACGGAGAUGGCACAGGUUCUUGUUCCAUCUAUGGCACCGCACGGUUUCCAGAUGAGAAUUUCAUUCUAAAGCAUGACCGUCCAGGGCUAUUAAGCAUGGCAAACUCGGGGCCAAACACAAAUGGUUGCCAAUUCUUCAUUACAACUACUGCAACCCCCUUCCUAAAUAAUAAACACGUAGUGUUUGGACAAGUAGUGGAGGGAAUGGAUAUCGUGCGAAUGGUUGAAAAUACUCGUACAACUAGGGAUAAACCUAAUCAAGAUGUGGUCAUCGUUCAGUGUGGGGAGAUGUGAACGAUACUUCAUCAUUCCAUAACGUUUUGAACCCUACUAUAUAAAGAACUGCCGAAUUGUUAUGUAUUCACGAACCCAAAAAUGUCGUCACCCGCAAUCAUCGU